GAAAGCGCAAGUGUACAUACUUUGCCGAACAGAAAUUGCAUUAAAAUACUAUGGGUCCGCCGAAAAAGUCCUCCAAAAAGGACAAGAGCGGUUCCAGCUCGGGCGGGGCAAGUGGUUUCGUCGAAAACAAGUGGAACAAAAAGCGCCGGGCUGAGGAUGAAGCGUACUCCGCGUUCGCCGACGAUGACGACAGCAAUCUCGGCGAGAGUGAUUUUGUACCGGAUGCGGCCACGAAGAACGCGGAAAAGAACGAUGACGCCAUUCAGGAGGACGAGUAUGGGGCGAAAGAUUACCGGUCACAGAUGGAGCUGAAACCGGACAACGCUUCCCGACCGCUGUGGGUGGCCCCGAAUGGGCACAUUUUCCUCGAAUCCUUUUCACCCGUCUACAAGCAUGCACACGAUUUUCUGAUCGCCAUCUCGGAACCGGUUUGUCGGCCCGAACAUAUUCACGAGUACAAACUGACCGCCUACAGUUUGUACGCUGCCGUAUCCGUCGGUUUGCAAACGCACGACAUAGUGGAGUAUCUGAAACGACUGAGCAAAACCACCAUUCCGGAGGGCAUCGUCGAGUUCAUCCGACUUUGUACGCUCUCGUACGGUAAGGUGAAGCUGGUCCUCAAGCACAACAAGUACUUUGUGGAAAGCCCACAUCCGGAGGUGCUACAGAAGCUGCUGAAAGAUCCGGUCAUUCAAUCGUGCCGAUUGCGUCGCACCGAAGAAGAAGGUGGCGAUGGGUUUAUAAAGCAAACGCUCGAGAAGGGAAAGGGAAUAACUGCGUUCGGGCAGACAAAGUUACUUCCGGGUCAAACAACAUUACCUCCUGGGACAACAUCCACGGAGACAGAUAAAACAACAGCCGAGGGUCAAGAAACGACCACCGAGGUCGUGGCAGUGCCGGAAGAUAUCACCAACUUUUACGACAAGAUGGACAACGAGGAGGAGGAAGAGGAGGCCAACCUGAACACGGUAUCGUUCGAGGUGAACCAGGAAAAGAUCGAAGUACUGCAGAAGCGCUGCAUCGAGAUCGAGUUUCCGCUGCUGGCCGAGUACGACUUCCGGAAUGAUACGAUCAAUGCGGAUAUCAACAUCGAUCUGAAACCGGCGGCCGUUCUGCGCCCCUACCAGGAGAAGAGUCUGCGCAAGAUGUUCGGCAACGGGCGGGCCCGGUCGGGCGUGAUCGUGCUGCCGUGCGGUGCGGGAAAAUCGCUCGUCGGCGUCACGGCGUGCUGUACGGUGCGCAAACGGGCCCUGGUGCUGUGCAACAGUGGCGUUUCGGUGGAGCAGUGGAAGCAGCAGUUUAAGAUGUGGUCGACGGCGGACGAUAGUAUGAUCUGUCGGUUCACGUCCGAGGCGAAGGAUAAACCGAUGGGCUGUGGUAUUCUCGUGACGACCUACUCGAUGAUAACGCACACGCAGAAGCGCUCGUGGGAGGCGGAACAGACGAUGCGCUGGCUGCAGGAGCAAGAGUGGGGCAUCAUGGUGCUGGACGAGGUGCACACGAUCCCGGCAAAGAUGUUCCGGCGUGUGCUAACGAUCGUUCAGUCGCACUGCAAGCUGGGCCUCACGGCAACGUUGCUCCGUGAGGACGACAAAAUUGCCGACUUAAAUUUCCUCAUCGGACCGAAGCUGUACGAAGCGAACUGGCUCGAGCUGCAGAAGCGCGGUUACAUUGCGCGCGUCCAGUGCGCCGAGGUGUGGUGCCCGAUGGCGCCCGAGUUCUACCGGGAGUAUCUGAUCGCAAAGACCUCGAAAAAGAUGCUACUGUACGUGAUGAACCCGGCCAAGUUCCGCGCCUGCCAGUAUCUCAUCCGCUACCACGAGAAGCGUGGCGACAAGACGAUCGUGUUCAGCGACAACGUGUUCGCCCUGAAGCACUACGCGAUCAAGAUGAACAAACCGUACAUCUACGGGCCGACGUCGCAGAACGAGCGUAUCCAGAUCCUGCAGAACUUCAAGUUCAAUCCGAAGGUGAACACGAUCUUCGUGUCGAAGGUGGCCGACACCAGCUUCGAUCUGCCCGAAGCGAACGUGUUGAUCCAGAUCUCGUCGCACGGUGGCUCCCGGCGACAGGAGGCCCAGCGUUUGGGCCGUAUCUUGCGCGCCAAGAAGGGCGCGAUCGCCGAAGAGUACAAUGCGUUCUUCUACACGCUCGUCUCGCAGGACACGCUCGAGAUGGGCUACUCGCGCAAACGGCAGCGGUUCCUGGUGAACCAAGGCUACAGCUACAAGGUGAUCACGCACCUGGCCGGCAUGGACAGCGAUCCGGAUCUGUUCUACAAGACGCGCGAGGAGCAGGGCCAGUUGCUGCAGCAGGUUCUCUCCGCGUCGGAUAUGGACUGCGAGGACGAGCGGAUGCCGGGCGAUGGAAGUGGAGUGCCGAGGCCGGGCGGUUCCAAACGCACCGGCGGACUCAGUUCGAUGGCCGGGGCGGAUGAUGCGAUCUACUACGAGGCGCGGAAGAAGUCUGGCAACCAGCAUCCGCUGUUCAAAAAGUUCCGUUGCUAGGAUUCGGGGGUUCGAUUGGUUUAUUAUUGUAUUAUGAAUUCAAUUGAAUAAAAUACAUUUCUUAAAGUAUA